AUCCAUCUCUUCCGUCUGUCCUGUCCUGUCAACUCUUUGCUAGUUAAAGAGUCAUUAAAUUACAUCGCGUAAUUUUUCCACUAAUUUAAUGGUGAAAUCUCUGCUGGUUUCCGUAGGUAACGAAACGAAUCGCUUCUGCAGUGGGGCUCCGUGCACUUUUCCUGAUUGUUUAUUUUGGGUUCGCAUCUGAACUCCUGCUAACCGGGCUUCACCGUGGUUAACCACAACAUCAAUAGUACGGCAGCUAGCUUCUAGCUCAGCACGUAAUAGAAAACGUAUCGCGUGGUGGAAAGUGCAUCCGCAGUCGAUUGAAUACCGGAAGCGAUGGCAGCCUGUACUGAAGUGUUGAAACGGGAGUUCCCAACGAUAGACGGGGAGUUGUUGACCUACGUCAAAGACGUGUUGCAGAGCGGUGCGGAUGAGUUCGAGAACGGAGAGGAGGUGUACGAAGCGAUCGGUGCCAUUCUGCACGAAGUUUCUCAGGAGAAGAGCGAGGAUGACAUCAAACAGGUCUGUGAUAUUUUCCUCGAUUUGCUGAAACCGAGGAAUGCCGAUUCGGGUGGUGAUGGAGGGGGUGGCUUAAGGGGAUCUGCCAAAAUUUUGGGCGCCCCGAUUCAUCUGAAAGAGAUUGCCGCCUCACAGGAGGUGUCCGGUGACGACAUUCAGAGUAUCUGGGUUGUUCAACGGGAUGACAGUUUAAAGGUGGAUUCCAAGAAGCUGGAGAAAGCGGAAGCCAAACGUCAGCAAAAGCUUGAAAAGCGGGAGCUGACUAAAACGACAACACCGGCUGCGCCGGUAUUGCAGAUGGCUACAGCUUCCCAGGUUAUAAGCAAAAAAGAUAACAAGAUGGAAUCGAAGGGAACCAACCGAUCGAUGGACAUUCGGAUCGAGAACUUUGACGUUUCGUUUGGUGAUAAAGUUUUACUGCAGAAUGCAGAUCUGCUGCUGGCAUUCGGCCGUCGAUACGGAUUCGUUGGUCGGAACGGUCUUGGGAAAACUACUCUGUUGAAGAUGAUUUCCGGUAAGCAGCUUCAAAUUCCAAGCCACAUAACGAUACUGCACGUGGAGCAGGAAGUGGUCGGAGAUGAAACACUAGCAAUAGACAGCGUCCUAGAAGUCGACACAGUGCGACUGGAUUUGCUGCAGAAGGAACGCGAUCUGAACGCCCAAAUUAAUGCCGGAUCGAGUGAACCGGAGCUCAGUCACGAACUCUCGGAAGUCUAUUCCCAACUGUUACUGAUCGAAGCGGACAAAGCGCCAGCACGUGCCUCAAUUAUCCUGAACGGUCUCGGUUUUAGCAAAGAGAUGCAAGCUCGACCAACACGAACCUUUUCCGGUGGAUGGCGAAUGCGUCUCGCAUUGGCUCGGGCACUGUUUUCCAAACCGGAUCUGCUGUUACUCGAUGAACCGACGAACAUGUUGGACAUCAAAGCCAUUAUUUGGCUGGAGAACUAUUUGCAGACGUGGCCAACGACGCUGCUGGUGGUGUCUCACGACCGGAACUUCCUCGAUACCGUUCCCACGGAUAUUCUGUACCUGCACUCGCAGCGCAUUGAAACGUACAAGGGAAACUACGAGCAGUUCGACAAGACUCGAACGGAGAAGCAUAAGGCCCAGCGAAGAGAGUACGAGGCACAGUUGGCCCACCGGAAUCACGUGCAGGAGUUCAUCGAUCGUUUCCGGUACAAUGCUAACCGAGCCGCCAGUGUUCAGUCCAAGAUCAAAAUGCUGGAGAAAUUACCUGAGCUGAAACCGGUGGAAAAAGAGAUUGAAGUUACCAUAAAAUUCCCUGAGGUCGAACCUCUGAAUCCGCCGGUGCUACAAUUGAACGAAGUACAAUUCAAGUAUUCUGCUGAUAAGGUGAUAUUUACUUUGGUCAAUCUGAGUGCGAAUCUCGAUUCGAGGAUUUGUAUUGUUGGUGAAAAUGGUGCCGGUAAAACCACGCUGCUCAAAAUCGUCAUGGGCAUCCUGCAACCGACGGGUGGCUUAGUGCACCCACAUCGUGGCCUCCGGUUGGGAUACUUUUCCCAGCAUCAUGUCGACCAGUUGGAUAUGUCGGUGAGCUGCGUGGAGCUACUGCAGAAUGCGUACCCCGGCAAGCCAAUCGAAGAGUACCGUCGACAGUUGGGUAGUUUCGGAGUGACGGGUGAUUUGGCCCUGCAGGUGGUAGCUUCGUUGUCCGGAGGUCAGAAAUCUCGCGUCGCCCUGGCGAAAAUGUGCAUGGGAAGGCCUAACUUUUUGGUACUGGACGAACCGACCAAUCACUUGGAUAUCGAGACGAUAGAAGCGCUGGGGAAGGCCAUUAAUAAGUAUAAUGGUGGAGUGAUUCUUGUUUCUCACGACGAACGGCUGAUCCGGAUGAUUUGCAAGGAACUGUGGGUUUGUGGUGAGGGUACGGUGAAAAGUAUCGAGGGAGGUUUCGACGAGUACCGGAAGAUUGUUGAACGGGAACUGGAAGCUGCUGCAGCGUAAGGCUUUGCGAUCAACAGGAAUGGUACUGGGUUUCGCGAGAACGGAGUCAGAAAUUAUUGCUGGUGACGCUUUAUACAAUAUGAUACUAUACAAGAAAGAAAGCAUACAUUCAACAUCAAAGCCGCUCAUAUUUAUUAUUAUUAUUACUAUUAUUAUUAUUGUUACCCAUAUGCGAUAGGAGGCACAUUUUUGACUAACAUAAGCAACAAGCGAAAAGCAAUUGUUGUAAGAUGACAAGUUCUUUGUCUGGUAGGAACAAACAAAUAAAUCCAAGAGCAACCCAAUUGUAGUAUAGUGCUGUUGGCCAAAAUAAACUCAGUAUAACGAAA